GGGCAGUCUAGCUUGACAAACGGGCUUUUUUGUGGCUUUAAAUAUUGUCAUUUUCAGGCAAAAGACUAAGUUAUAAGUGGAAAAUUUCUUCGUUAUGGUCGAUGGGAAAGAUAAUUAUUAUUCAAGAUAAUAUUUCCGACGUUGACUUCAAUUUUUAAUAUUCCAUGAGAAAAAUUCUCGGAUUUGAGGUUAAUUAGUGCACUAAGAUUUUUUUUUCUUUUUUUAGCACAAAUAAUAAACUGGCAUGAGGUGGACAUUUUUAAUUGGAAUAUUUGGAGCAAUCCUAACAAUAAGUCGUGCAGGGGACGAUGGAAGCGAAUCAGAUGGGGAUACUUCAAGAAAAAUUUUGGGAUCAAGUGUUGUCACAUCCGUAUCAGUCGUCAUGGACACCGGAAAUAAAAAGAACACCAUCUUCACCGACGCUGUUGGUAAGCCUCAACCGAAACCAGCCAACCCUUCGGAAUUAGCCAGUCCCAUAGAGCUUCUCAAUCCUGAUAGAUAUGAAUUUUACACGUUCGAUGACAAUGGAGAUUUAGUCAAAAGACUAAUGUCCUUGGAAGAAAUCAAAAGUAUCAUUGCUACCGGAGAUAGUGAUGCACUAGACUUGGACUCCUUUACGUCACAAGGCUUUUUGCCAGAAAAGCGCGUGAGUGAUGUAGUUAAUAACGUACAAAGUGUCCUUAAAGAAGAAAUGGAAAUUCUCAAAGAUCCUAUAUCGAAACCUAUAUUUGAUACUCCCGAUGUUAGUGACUCUUGGAGCAUGAUAUUACCUGCUGUUUUUGGAAAUUCGGGUGAAGAUAUUAAACCGGAAAAACCUGCUGGAUAUGUUACUCCUGACACAAUUAUGAUCGAACCCAAUUUCCAGUCGACAUCUGGACCUCAGAAGGUCGAUUUAAUUCUGAGUAGCACCAAAAAACCAUCUGUAACAUCCACAACAAAAAGACCUCUUGCCAGCAUAUCAACGGCAUCCUCAAUACACAUAUCACAACCAGUUUAUUACAGCAGCCCCUUAACAACAAAAACCACCCCUUCAACAUCAACCGCACCUUCAAUUAAUGUAGAAAUAUUUUCAAAUAGCAUUUCAACACCUAGCACAGAAAAAAAUCAGGAAGAUGAAGAAGUCCCUACCAGAAUUACAAAUUUCUCAUCAAUCACGAACCCACCUCUAGUCCGCAAUGUUACUCGACCUGCCACAACCUUGUCAACAAGCACUGGAACAGAAACUAGUUCUUCAACCCAAAAAAUAAGUUCCAUAACCCAGGAAAUCCAAAGUUCAAGUCUAAAACCACUAACAAAAUGGACCAGCACUAGUUCUAAACCUGGUUCCACGCAAUCGAGCACGACUCAAUGGACUAAUACCAGUUUUGCCACCUCAGGUGCUGUCAGUUCAGUAAAACCUCCACCAAAUAUAUUUGGUUUUCCACCAUUCACUCAUGUAAAAUCAACAACUCCAAUCCAACUAAGUGCAGCCAAGCCGACUCUGUCAACUCAUCCUAAUAUAUUUGGUUUUCCUGUUAAAGUAGAACAAAUGAAUAAUCCCACAAUCACGGUGUCUUCGUCUACCACGCUACCAUCAAAAACUUCGACCAUAUUUUCAUCAACUCCUUCGUCCCAACCAAUAACUGCCAAGCCGACUAGGUCACCUCAUCCUAAUAUAUUUGGUUUUCCUGUUAAAGUAGAACAGAAGACUGAUCCCACAACAAUAUUAGCAUCUUCAUCAACUUCGCAACCAACAAAAACAUCGACGAUAUUUUCAUCAUCUACAUUACCGACAAUAUCUUCAUCAGCUGCAACCUCUUCAGUUCCAAUCACAUCGUCAACAAUAAACACCAGUGCAUCAUUGAUAAAAAUUACACCAGAACUUAGUAUCACUAGUACAGUUGGUAAUGUACAACCUAGUUCCUUAGAAACAAAGAAUCAAACCGAUGUUACAGGAAAACCAAUUGAAAAAGUGGUGAUAUCGAGUACUAGCACCCCGCUAAAAUUGACGACUAGUGAAACUUACUCUCCUUCGACUUGGAGACCAAGUCCUGAAGAUGCCCACAUUUUCAACAUAUUCAAAGAAGUUUUGGCGGAAAGCACGUCAACUGAAACUGCCAGAAAUGAAUCAAAAACUCCCUCUCCAAGCACAGAAUAUUUUACCACUGACAGUACAACUAUAAAUGAUGCAAUAACUUUUGAAUCAAACAAAAUCCUUGCAACCAACCUUGAUGAUGAUUUAAGUACUUUGCCAACCGAACAAAAAUUAUCUACUAGCUUAGAAUAUGAUAAUGAUCCAGCUACAACAAAACUACCAACAUUAUUGAAUGCUUUAAAUGACAAACAAAAAGUAUCAGCAUCCGAACUACUAGACCAACUACUGUUCUCUACCAAUAUUUAUGAGAUAAAUACCGAGUUAGCGUCACCGAAGCCUUAUAUUCCAGAUACAGAUCAGAGAUUUGAUAAUAGUAACUCUAAAACAACUUUGCCUGUUCAAGAACUGGAUCAGCAAUCUACAACAACGGAUCAAGAUUUUAUAUCCUAUCCCCCAACAACUGAUAUCACUCUAAUUCAAAGUAUUGAGCAGUUAUUAUCACAAGCAGUUGGGGAUGUUCAGACUGUUCUAAAUCAAACUACAGAAGGUGAAAAUUAUGGUAAAGAAGCUGAAACAUCUGUAACAGCUGAGCAGUUAGAUAUUAUGUCUACAACAGAAGGUGGUCCUAGUGAAUCUACAGAAACGUUCGCAACAAAUAUUAAUUUAGGCAACUCAGUUGAAGCUUUAUUAUCACAAGUGAAUGAUGCAGCCGCAUUAAAUAAAAUAAUUUUAACUGAAAAACCGCAUGUCGAUGUUACUUAUAGAAAAGUAGAAGAACAUAAAUCCACAGCUUCUGUGGUGUCUACUACACAAACUCCUACAGUAUCAUCAAUAUCGACAGAAGACUCAGUAGAUACCGAACAAUUCAAAUCAACACUUGCUGAGCGAGAAGAAGCAGAACAAGAGGCAACUACUUUUUAUUAUGUAGUUAAAAGGAAAUCACAAGCCACGUCUGAAAUUCCUUAUUUAAUUAAUAUUACAUUAUUAGGUUCAGAGCCCAUAAGGAAUUUAAGCAAACCAGCGAAGGCUGAUUUGAGCUUAGAACAAGAACUAUUAGCAGCAGAAUUAAAAAAUUUGACUUUAAUCGAAGCAAACAAAACGUCAGAAGCCAGUGAAGUCAUAAAAGAAAGUGAAACUAAAAUCGUGUUAGUUAGUUCAACAUCAGCAACGACGAUUGAAUCAACGGAAGCCUCAAUUGGUACUUUUACAAAGCCUCCUGAUAGCUCCACAAUUGUUGCUGAAGAAGAAACAACAACGGAUAUUGACACUUUGAGUACCACGCAGUUCGAAAGUGUAACUGGUGACAAUCAUUUAUUUUCAACAGAUAAAGAAAGUACCACUACGGAUAUUGUAACGACUCAAAAUUUUGAAAAUGAAUCUACUAAAAAUGCUCCUGCACUAACUACUGAAAAUGUUCCUACUAGAUCCACUACCAUUCGGUCAGUACCUAAACCAUCCAUUGUAAUAUCCAUCAAUGAAAAUAAUACUUUGGUGAGCGAAAAUGGAAAAUUAGUAGCGAACAAAACGAUAGCUACAACUUCUGUAGCUCCAACCAAAGCAGCAGCAAAAAAAAAUAGCACUUUAUCAUCAUUAAAGCAGCAACAAAAAAAUUCAACCCAAGACCAAACAUGGACCUUAGUAUCAACAGUUGCUCCUCAACAAGCUUCUCAGCAACAUAUUCCACCACCAACAAUUCCUUAUCCAGAAGUACUGGAAACUCCAGUUCAAGUUGAUUUAGUUCCAAAACCAAUGCAAGGAUUCGGACUGGAAGACACCACAUCAGCUUUAGAAGUCGACGUUCAUCAAUUUGCCAAUUUAUGCAAUGAGUUGGCGUUUGGAUUCUGGAAAACUGUUACUACAGGAUUAAGUUCUGCUAGAAGCCUUUUCGUAUCACCAUUUGCCGCAACAUCAAUAUUAGCAAUGGUGUUUUUAGGAGCUAAAGGUGCUACUUCAGAGGAAAUGAAUGAAAUUCUCAAAUUAGAUGAUAUGGUCACUUUCAAUCCUCAUCUGAUAUUUAAAAGUGUUACUGAGUCAGUUGUAGCUGAACCCAAUUCAGGAAUAGCAACCACUGCUAUGAUAAGAGAGCUAUUUAGUGAUAGAAGUAAAGGAAAGCUGCUAGAUUUUUACAAAAACAGAGUGAGGGCGUUUUAUGAUGGAUUUGUAGAAGAAGUGAGCUACAGGGAGAUUGGAGAUAUAAUACGGCGGAGAUCGAAUCUUUUGGUUAAAAAAUAUACAAAUGGUAAAUAUACGCAGUUUUUCAAUGAUGCCUCCAUUGUGCCAAGAUCGCCUUUGAGUGGAAUCGGUAUAAACAUAUUUGAGACUGACUGUUCAAAUACAUCCUCUGAAGGCAGAGAUGGAGAAAUUCAUUUUGUAGUAUUUCCUUCAAUAAAGCAACGUCGCCUUAUUCCUAUUCCAGCUGUAGUAUAUAGGUCUGGAUUCUUAGCUGGCUAUGAACCAAGCUUAGACGCUACAGCAGUAUCUUUAGGAAACAAAGAGCAAAUAAUCAGCACUAUUUUAGUGAUACCUGGACAACAAGGUAUUGCUGCUCCUGGUGAUGGACUUGCAAGGUUGGAGAAGAGGCUUGUUGAAAGUUCUUUCAAAAAAGGUGCUUGGUCCAGAUUACUCCGCUCUCUAAUCCCCCGUUCAGGCUUAGAAGUUCAAAUUCCCAGAUUCUCACAUCGUUCAGUGAUCAACACAACAAAUACACUGCAAAGAAUGGGACUGCACGAACUAUUCAGUCCAGUCAGUGCGGAUCUUAGAGGUCUGAAUGGAGUAGCCAAUGAGCUGCAUCUAUCUGACGUUUUACAAAUUAACAAAUUUGCAACUUGUGGAGAGAAACGGCAGGAUGAAGUUCAGCAUUCGGAAGUGUACCCAGCUACCACAAUGAGAGCCAGAUCCGCCCGACGUCUCCACCAUCUUCCAACUUUAGAGCAAGACGAACCCCGUGAUUAUCAAAGAGCCUUCCACGAUCCACUUCACGAUCCAUCUUUACUUGAACUACCAUUGCCCCUACGGCCACGACAGGCCAGGAUUCCAGAAGUUCCCCGACUACGGUUCGACAGGCCUUUUUUGUAUUUCAUAAGACACAAUCCCACUGGUUUAAUCUUGCAUAUGGGGCGAUUUAAUCCCCGAUUACUACCAUGAGUAGGGUUAGAACGCUAGUUUUGCGAAUAAUGAAGACUGUAAAAAAAUUAAUUAUAGUAUAAUUUUGUUUGGGUAUUCAUUGGGAGUUACUUUAAAGCCCCUGAUGCAAGUGUAAUGACAGAAUUGUAUGUUUCAUGUAAAAAUACUAAGCCUUAUCAUUUUUUGUUUUGUUCAGUUAAUCCUUGAAAAAAAUAUAUGAGGGGUAGUUUUUCACAAGGAAUGCCUUGUCUAACAAGAUAAUUUGUAUAGGAAAUGAAGCCUUUUUGCCAUUAUGUAUGUCAUUUAUCUAAAUCUAUCUUAAAUAUGUAUUUUAAAAAUCUAAAUUUUCAAAAGUUGUGCAUUUUUCAAGGUUCUCCUUGAAAAUAUUCCUAAGAAAAUGACUAGCAAUGUAGAAAAAUUCAAAAAAAAUUAUAAAUUAAAAAACUCAAGUAAGUUUUAUAUACAUUUUGGCAUGGAAUUUGGCUGCAAAAUCAUAUCGAUUGAAAUAUUUAUUGUAAUAAGAUAAAUUAAUAAGGAACUAAUUAUUUGUUAAUAUAGUUUAGGAUAUACCUACUUUUAAGUUCCAACUAUGUUAUUCUUUUUGUGAUUGUGUAUACUAUAGGCGCCAAAUUUCUUAGAUUAGUAGCUAAAGCAAAGAUGCUAAAGUAUUAUGUGCAAUUAAGGGUAAUUUAUUUCAAAUAAAAUUAUAGAAAUAUUUAUGUGUUUAAUUUGAUUUUUUUAAACCUGUAUUGGUAUUAUGCCUAUUAAAAGUGUUAAAACAGCUUUGUCUCAAAGAACUGAAGUCACACUAGUUGUAGAUCUGAAUUCAAACAAAACUGUUGGCAAUGUUUAAAUAAGUUGAAAAUUUAGCACAAAAACUGUACGUUGGUUUAAUCAGUUCUUGUUGCGGCUCUAGCAAUUAUUAUUAUUCUUGUAGCAGUGACGCGAGUGACCAAAACAAACAAUUUAUAAAAGUUUCUCGUUCAAAAAUGAUAGCUAUUUUCCUGAUUAUUGCUCUUCUGAGGUGCAAAAAAAAAUUUUCAUCAUUUACAUUAUUUCUUUAAUUUGAAAUCAAACCUAAAGAGAUACAUAAAGAGAGCAAAAUUAACCUGAAAAUAUUUAAAAGGUAAAGAAACCUUUAAUAUAGUUCCAAGAAAUCUUGUUCUGUAUAUUCUUCAAUAUUAAGCAUAAUCAUUAAAUUGUAAUAGAAAAAUUUCCAUAAUCGGGUAUAAUAACGACAUUCUAAGUAAUUUUUUAAUUUACUUUUUCUCCUUAUCAUCGGACUUUUCGUCUUUUUUCUUUUCCUUUAAGUUUCCAACAGCUUGACGAACAGCUUCAGAUUGAGGAUCAACCCCAGGUAAACUUUCCAGAACACUUUGCAAAAAUGUUGGAUCAUUCAUGACAGUUGAAUAGUCUUCAUCGUCGUCGUUCUCUACUUCCAUUGGUUCUUCCUUAGUGGGAAUGGAUUCUU